CAGAGGCCCUUCUGUCAACAGGGAGGAAGGUACGGAUGUAUUUCUGUCGCACCGGCUUCAUGAAGUACUUUUAAAGUUUCUCUUCGGCUCUGCUUUGAAACAGACUGUUAACGGAAGCCGUUAAAGCUUAUUUUAAGUAAUAUUUGUACAUUUUAAACACUAAAUUCUUGUGUUAGCCGGUAGCAUUCAUUUAUGUUUAUAUUCCUGCGUGUGUAAAAGAGACUUCUUGGCAGUUUCAAUGUGGCUGUUGUCGCUGUUUUGAGUCUUACAGAGCAUAUGAGAGGUUCAGGUUUAGUUAAGGGUGGUCUGCCGGGGUUGUAUUUUAGCUGACACCUCGCUGAAUAGGGCGAAACCACCAGACAGCCUGUGUGAAUAGCUGUAUUGUGGGCGCUGGCUGGUGUGUGUGACAGUUCAGGUUCAGACCUAUAGGCCUCUUCCACAGAGGAGGGUCUUGUUAGUGUGUGUUGUUGCGGACCUAUUGGUGUCUGAGCUUUCAUUUGGCGAUACUCGUCUGUAAGGCAGGGCUUUCAUCAUCAUAGCUGUGUUCAGGCUGACACGGUGUGUCGCCGUGCUGAGGAGUAAAUUACCGGUGACAGCGACCUGUCCUGUUGUUUAUGGUCGCGCCUUGCUGUCAGCCCGCAGUGCCAAACUUUCAUCAUCUCUGCCGAAGAUGCCGCAGACAAACAAGUUCAGGAACGCCCCAGUUUCUUCUGACUCCUCAAGCUCCGUCCAAGGUGGAGCCUCAGCAGAGGAUGCAGAGCCGGUGUCCCGGGAGGAGUGCCAGGCUGCAGGGGACGGAGGAGGAGGAGGAGGAGGAGGAGAGGACAAUGUGGGAGACAGAGAGAUCAUCAAGUCUCCUAGUGACCCCAAAGAGUACAGAUACAUUGUGCUGGACAACGGCCUGCGAGCUCUGCUCAUCUCAGACUACAGCGGCCCAGCGGCGUCCGACGAUGAGGACUCAGAUGGAGAAGAGGAAGAGGAGGAGGAGGAGGAGGAGGAGGAGGAAUCUGGAGAUGAAACGGGGGAUGAUUCUGAGGAGGAGGAAGGUGAUGACGAUGAUGAGAGGGGCAGUGAUGAUGAAGAAGAUGACAACGAGGGGAAAAAGAAGAAAGGAAACGCAGAGAAACAGUCCGCAGCAGCUCUGUGUGUUGGAGUGGGCAGCUUCAGCGACCCCAGUGACCUCCCCGGCCUCGCUCACUUUCUGGAACACAUGGUGUUCAUGGGCAGCGAGAAGUACCCCUCAGAAAAUGGCUUUGAUGCUUUCCUGAAGAAGCAUGGUGGGAGCGACAAUGCCUCCACCGACUGCGAGAGGACCAUCUUCCAGUUUGACGUCCAGAGGAAAAGCUUCAAAGAAGCUCUUGACAGCUGUCCUUUAGAGAAGCUGGACACUCUGGAGGAGUGGGUGAGAGAGAUCUUCAGCAAGGUGCCUAACAAUGGUCUGUCCAAACCAGAUUUUUCCGAGAUGCUGGAUCCCUUUGACACACCAGCCUUUAACCAGCUCUACAGAGUUGUCCCUGUGAGGAAAGUUCAUGCUUUGAAUAUCACCUGGGCCCUCCCCCCUCAGGAGAAACACUACAGAGUGAAGCCUCUCCACUACAUCUCAUGGCUGAUUGGCCAUGAAGGCACAGGAAGCAUCCUCUCAGUGCUCAGGAAGAAGUGCUGGGCCCUGGCUUUGUUUGGAGGAAACAGUGAGACCGGCUUUGACCAAAACACCACCUACUCUAUCUUCUCCAUCUCCAUCACCCUCACUGAUGAAGGUUUCCAAAACUUCUACGAGGUGACCCACCUGGUGUUCCAGUACCUGAAGAUGCUGCAGACGCUCGGACCCCAGCAAAGAAUAUAUGAAGAGAUUCAGAAGAUUGAAGCCAACGAGUUUCACUAUCAGGAGCAAAUUGACCCUAUAGAGUACGUGGAGGACAUUUGUGAGAACAUGCAGCUGUUCCCUAAAGAAGACUUCCUGACAGGAGAUCAGUUGAUGUUUGAGUUCAGCCCAGAAGUGAUCAGCGGAGCUUUGUCCCUCCUCACCCCUGAGAAAGCCAACCUGAUGCUGUUGUCACCAGAACAUGAGGGCCAGUGUCCCCUCAGGGAGAAGUGGUUUGGCACUCAAUACAGCAUGGAAGACAUUCGGCAGAAGUGGAUGGAGCAGUGGACAGGAAACCUGGAGCUCAACAGUGAGCUCACACUUCCUGCUGAAAACAAGUUCAUUGCCACUGACUUCACCCUGAAGCCGUCUGACUGCCCAGACACUGAGUUUCCUGUCCGGAUAGCCGACAGCGACAGGGGCUGCCUGUGGUACAGGAUGGACAACAAAUUCAAAAUCCCUAAAGCCUACAUCAGAUUUCAUCUAAUCUCUCCUGUAAUCCAGCAAUCUGCUAAGAACAUUGUCUUGUUUGACCUGCUGGUCAACAUCCUUGGCCACAACCUCGCUGAGCCGGCCUAUGAAGCCGAAGUGGCCCAGCUGGAGUAUAAACUGGUGGCCGGUGAACACGGCCUGGUCAUCAAGGUUAAAGGAUUUAACCACAAACUGCCUCUGCUGUUCCACCUGAUCAUUGACCACCUGGCUGAUUUCUCUGCCUCCCCUGAUGUCUUCAGCAUGUUCACAGAGCAGCUCAAGAAAACGUACUUCAACAUCCUCAUUAAACCCGAGAAACUCGGCAAGGAUGUGCGUUUGCUGAUCUUGGAGCACUCCCGCUGGUCCAUGGUGGAGAAGUGUCAGGCUCUGACAGCCGGUCUGACCAGCGAUGAACUCAUGGACUUCAGCCGUAAAUUCAGGGCUGAGCUGUACGCAGAGGGACUGGUGCAGGGCAACUUCAGCAGCUCUGAGUCAAAGCAGUUCCUGCAGUAUGUCAUAGAAAAGUUGCAGUUCUCCAAGCUGCCAGCAGAGGUGCCGGUGAUGUUCAGAGUCGUUGAGCUCCCUCUUAAGCACCACAUCUGUAAGGUCAAAUCACUCAAUAAGGGAGACGCCAACUCUGAGGUCACUGUUUACUACCAGUCUGGCCCCAAGCUCUUGAGGGAACACACACUGAUGGAACUGUUGGUGAUGCACAUGGAGGAACCCUGCUUUGACUUCCUCCGCACCAAAGAGACUCUCGGGUACCACGUCUACCCCACCUGCAGAAACACCUCAGGCGUUCUAGGCUUCUCUGUCACUGUGGAAACACAAGCCACGAAGUUCAAUACCGAGCUGGUGGAGUUAAAGAUUGAAGAGUUUUUGGCUUCAUUUGGGGAGACGCUCGAUUCGCUGACUGAAGAGGCCUUUAAUACUCAGGUGACUGCGUUAGUGAAGCUGAAGGAGUGUGAGGACACGCACCUCGGGGAGGAGGUGGAUAGGAACUGGGCCGAGGUGGUUACACAGCAGUAUGUGUUUGACAGGCUCCACAGAGAGAUCGAAGCUCUGAAGCAGAUGACCCGGGCUGAGCUGGUCUCCUGGUUCAAAGAACACAGAGGACAGAGCAGCCGCAAACUCAGCGUUCAUGUGGUGGGAUUUGGUGCUGAGGAGAACGACGAGGAGGGUGGCGGGAAGAAAGAAGGAGAAGAGGGCAAAGAGGAGGAUCUGUGUGGCUCUACCUACGGAGAGGUGUCUAAGCUUACCUUCCUGCCGCCCUCGCCCAAGAUGGCGGGCGUCGUAGCCGUCAUGGACAUCCCUGCUUUCACCAAAGAGCUGCCUCUCUUCCCCUACCACAAGAUCCUCGAAUAAUCCGCUGCUCAGACUGCGAGAUAGACAGAUGGCUGUGCUUUGCCUCUCACUGAGCCACGUUCAGGGACUCUGCCUCAUUAGGGAUGCAGGCACUUAAUAUGUGGAGGUGAGGGAAGGUUGAAACAGCUUCAGCUCCUCUCUGGACCUGGUUUGUGCCUCCGGGGGCCCAGCUGUAGUUUUUACCCAUACUGUGUGCAUCGGCAGAAAGCCUGGAAGUGAUGAUAGAGUUUUUCUUUUAGCUAAGUGAUAAUCUAUUCAGCUUUCUCACACUCAAUUAUUUUAUAUCCUCAGACACCGGGAGUGUGGGAGCACUCUAUCUUUUCCUCUAUCCCACACUGACUGAAAAUCUUUUGAAUCAAAUUUUAAUUUAUUUGGUUCUCUGAGCUCUGCUGCUAUUACAACCCCAAAUCCCUGUCUUCUCCACUGUUUGUGUUGGAGUCCAGGCUCAGUUUAAUACCGUUUAAAAACACUAAUCAACUGUGGAAACUGCAGAAAUGCCGAACGCUUUGAACUCCAGAUGUGUGUGUUUGGGUGAUCGUGUGCUGGAUUUCGAGCUCUGCUGUGUACUACUGUUAUUAGCUGACCUGGAUCAUGCUCUGGUAUGAAACUGCAAAGAGAAUAAAUCAAUGAGUGAAUGAA